AUGUUUCACUCUUCCCUCACCGCUCCCCCUCAUCCCUCCCCCUCUUCCCUCAUCUUCCCCCGCCCUCCGCUCGUGUCCCCCCCGCUCUCCUCCGCUCGUCUCCCACUCACCCCUCAUCACCCUCUUCUCGCCAAUCAUCCUCUUUCCCCCUCCUCCUCACAACUACUCUCAUGUCACCUGCGCCUGGUGGUCACCCCCCUCAUUUUCUCAUCCCUCAUCCCUCCCCCCUCCAGCAGCUUACCUCUCAUCACACUUACCCUCUACUGCUCCUCCUGGCCUACCCAGGCUCCUCCUGGCCUACCCAGGCUCCUCCUGGCCUACCCAGGCUCCUCCUGGCCUACCCAGGCUCCUCCUGGCCUACCCAGGCUCCUCCUGGCCUACCCAGGCUCUUCCUGGCCUACCCAGGCUCCUCCUGGCCUACCCAGGCUCCUCCUGGCCUACCCAGGCUCCUCCUGGCCUACCCAGGCUCCUCCUGGCCUACCCAGGCUCCUCCUGGCCUACCCAGGCUCCUCCUGGCCUACCCAGGCUCUUCCUGGCCUACCCAGGCUCCUCCUGGCCUACCCAGGCUCCUCCUGGCCUACCCAGGCUCCUCCUGGCCUACCCAGGCUCCUCCUGGCCUACCCAGGCUCCUCCUGGCCUACCCAGACUCCUCCUGGCCUACCCAGACUCCUCAUGAAACUCCGCAUGGCCUACCCAUCUGACUCUGACCUGCCUUGGUAA